CUGAGGAGGUGGGGAGAGAUUGUGCAAUGAACAGUUUUGAUCCCAGCUCCUCCCCUUUCUCUCCCAGUCACCUGUUCCCACCCCUCAGCUGGGGUAUGAAAAGCUCUGUCAGCCCCAGGUUUCCUCAGAAGCCCUUCCUCAAGGCCACCAUGAUGAACCGGCUUUGCCUUUUCGCCCUUCUCGGCUUCCUGAGCAUCCUGGUGGCCGGAACCCAGGGGAAAAACACCCCUCCACCUCUCCACCACCCUACCCAGCACCCUCAGCACCAGCCUUGCCACCACCUUACCCACCACCCUUGCCACCACCGUAACCACCAACAUAAGCCCUCGAUCAGCUCUCUUCUGGUGGUUGGGGCAGAAAAUGCAGCCACAACACAGUCACCAACAAGUGGAUCCCUACCUGCGGUCCAGUGCCGCCGACUUGCAUCCCGCCGAGCUCCACUACCGUACAAGAAGCCUAGCCUCCUAGAGGAGUUUUCUUUUGUCCCUCCUGCCUUCUGCCUGGAGCCUCCCUAUGUGGGUCGCUGCAGGGCCAUGAUACGCAGGUACUUCUACAACGCCACCUCGGCGCAAUGUGAGACUUUUACAUAUGGCGGCUGUAGACAGAAGAAGAAUAACUUCAUCAGCAAGGAGGAGUGCCUGAAAACCUGCCGUGGGGAGGGGGCUGCACUCCAGGAGAUCAAGCCACAUGUGCUGCCCUGAGAUGCUGAAGUCUGGGGAGGCCCCAUGCAAGGCUGGGCUGUGGCUGCCUUCCCAAGUAGUUCAGCCUCCUUGUCUGAUCCCUUCUCAACCCACCCCUCCUCAGUAGAACCCUGCCUCUUUCCUCCUCCCCCUGGUCUACUUGUUCCUUCUCUGUCUUAUCCAGUAGGCUCCAAGCACCAUGAGAGCCAGAACUGUAUGCCUGUGUUUUUCUCAUCACAUUAUCCCUAGAACUUCACACAGUCCCCAGCAUGAAGGAGAUGGUUCAUAAACAUUGGGGGAAUGAGUGCAUGCAUGAGCACAGCUCCUCUCUACUGGGUGAUACAGGGUGACAGGUUUGAAGCCAGAACUCUAACCUGGACUUCAUUCUCACUGCAUCCUCACCUUCACCCCCCACCCACCAUCACUGGGUUCUUUGGGGGUGGCAGCAGUGGACUUCCUGGCAUCAAGUUCUGAUUGCCAUCAGUGACAGGUAUUUUCACUAAAAAGAAGCCCCUUUUCCCCAUAAUGAUGUUGCACAUUUUCCUGUCUGUGGUUGCAAACUCUCUGGCCUUAGAUUUAAAUAAACUCACUUUCAAAUUAAA